CGGCAAUGUAAGAUCUCAUAAUAAGGGAAGGGGUAUAUAUAUCUCUGUGCCAAAUGCAGUGUAGUGUCGGAUUCUUCCCAGCCUACAAACCGUUCAAAUAUAUACACAAUUGCCACUAUGACUGUCACUCACAGCAAGACUAUCCUCAUCACCGGGGCUUCGGGUUUCCUCGCAACUCAUAUUGUGAAAGCCUUUCUUCAACAAGGGUAUUAUGUCCGCGGGACUGUUCGAUCCGACCAGGCCGCGGCAAACGUACGCAAGGGAUUUUCACAGUAUAGUGAUCGGCUGUCGUUCGCUAUUGUAGAGGAUAUAGCACAGCCCGGAGCCUUUAAUGAAGCCGUGAAAGGGGUCGACGGUAUCGUUCAUACCGCUUCUCCAUUCCAGACUUUAGUUCAGGACAAUAAGCGAGACCUCCUAUGGCCCGCUAUUAACGGCACCACGUCUAUUCUUCAGGCAGCCCAGGAAUACGCACCGCAGGUUCGUCGUGUCGUGAUCACAUCUUCGAUGGCUGCCGUGAUAGACGUCGAAAAAGAUCCGCAGCCCGACCAUACAUAUACCGAAGAAGAUUGGAAUCCUAUGACAUUCGAACAGGCUGAAAGUGCUAUUGGGAUAGUCGCAUACGCUGCUUCCAAGGCAGUUGCGGAGAAAGGCGCCUGGAGAUAUAUGGAAGCGAACACGCCUCACUUCAGUCUUACCACGAUUUGCCCACCCAUGAUCUAUGGCCCCGUGGAGCAUCACGUUCCUACCAUGGAGAGAUUGAAUACAAGUGCGGGUGAUAUGUACAGGUUGUUCAAUGGUAGCAGCACUGAGAUACCGUCGGUGAUUUUGCCGGUCUUCGCGGAUGUUCGUGACGUUGCUCAAGCCCACCUCUCUGCCUUUGAAUCCGAGAAGGGGGCAGGAGAGCGUUUUAUUGUUAGUAAUGGAGGUUACACCUAUCAGGAGAUGUGUGAUAUUCUUCGGUCAAUCGUCCCUGAGGUCAGGGAUAAGGUUCCUAUUGGUCGGCCCGGGAACUACGAAGCGGCAGUCAUCAAGGUCUCUAAUAACAAGAUCAAGACCAUUCUAGGCAUUACUUUCCACACGCUGCAGGAGACCGUGACAGACACCGCAUAUAGCUUGUUAGCUCUGGAGGAAGCACUCAAGGCAUAA